AUGCUGGUCUCGCUAGUGAUGCUGAUCCCCGACAACCUGACGACGCUGAUCACGUACUGCACCGUAGUGGAGUCUUUCUUCACCACGCUGAGUUGCAGCGCCGUGCUGUGGCUGCGGUACAAGAAGCCCGACCUGCCGCGCCCUAUUAAGGUCCAGACGUGGAUCCCGGUGACGUUCGUGGUGGUGUCGACGAUCCUGAUGGUGGUGCCCAUUCUGAGCGAGCCAGUAGCGGUGGUGGCGGGCGCGCUCAUCACCUUCGCUGGCGUGCCCGUCUACUGGGCGUUUGUGCGCGCCAAACCGCGCGUCGUGCGCGACCUGUCCACAAAAUUCACACACACAUGCCAAAAAUUGUUCCUGUCGGCGGUCGAAGAAAAAGAUGACUAAAGCGUAUCAUUAAGAUCUGAAAACUGCUGAAGGAAUCUCACAGGAAUCUGCGGUUUAUAAGGUUUUUCGUUUUAUUUUUAUGAAUAGUUACCGUAGAUGUACACUGGUCAUUACAAAAAUCGACCCUCCCGCGACAAGGACUUUCAAACGUAUGCAUUUCCACUUCUCACAAAUGGUGGCACCAUUUGAAAGCCUAGUUCUAAAGUUCAUUUCAUUAAAAGAAAGGUUUUUACCC